AUGAUAGUGUCUAACGUUAGUCUGAGCUGCGGCGUGAGCUGCCCAUGGGGAGUCAGUGACGGUAAAACGGUGGUCACGCAGGGAGGAGGCUCAGGUUCUCUGAGUCCUACGGGACAUCUCGUGGUGGCAGUGUGUCUGGGGUUCAUAGGUACAUUCGGUUUCCUCAACAACCUCCUGGUGUUAACGUUAUUCUGCCGGUACCAUACGCUGCGCUCGCCCAUCAACGUCCUGCUGUUGAGUGUGUGUGUUUCGGACCUGCUGGUCUGCGUGCUCGGGACACCGUUCAGCUUUGCUGCUGCCACGCAGGGCAGGUGGCUGAUCGGUAGGGCGGGAUGCGUCUGGUAUGGCUUCAUCAACUCCUGUUUGGGUAUCGUGUCUCUGAUCUCCCUGGCAGUGCUGUCCUAUGAGCGUUGCUGUACCAUGCUGUGUCGGAUGCAGGCGGAUGGUACUGACUUCGGUACAGCGGUGGCCGGAGUGUGUUUCUCCUGGGUCUACGCCCUGGCCUGGACACUGCCCCCGCUGCUGGGCUGGAGCAGCUAUGGCCCCGAGGGACCAGGAACCAGCUGUUCAGUGGACUGGAGGACCCAGACACCCAACAACAUCUCCUACAUCGUCUGUCUGUUCACCUUCUGUCUGUUACUGCCUUUCUCUGUCAUAAUGUACAGCUACGGCAAGCUGCUCAGCGCUAUCAAACAGGUGAGCAAUGUGAGCACGGCAGUAACCCGUCGUCGUGAGCAACGUGUGCUGGUGAUGGUGGUAACCAUGGUAACGUGUUACCUGUUGUGUUGGCUGCCGUACGGUGUAGCGGCCCUGCUGUCGACCUUUGGCCCUCGCAACCUUUUGACCCCUGAGGUCACCAUAGUCCCCUCUCUGCUGGCCAAGACAUCUACAGUCAUCAACCCUGUUAUAUACAUCUAUAUGAACAGACAGUUCUACAGGUGUUUCAAGGCUUUGCUAAGAUGUUCUACUCCUGACCGAAACUCCAGUUUGAAGGCGUCGUCACCGGCGACCAAAACUCUCGGGAACGUUCGCAAUGGAAACGGACACGGCGUGCCGGUUGUUUUGGCGUCAGUAGGCCCUCCCACUCCGACUGACUCGGCCAACAGUUCCUUAGUGGUAGCGGAUAACCUGCCACCGUCACCUCCCAAAAUCCCUCCCCCGGUCCAAACCACACCCCCUCUCCAAAUCACUCCCCCGGUCCAAACCACACCCACUGCCACUCCCAAACCAAGACUGACCCUCGUAGCUCACUACAAUGGAUAG